AAACGCUUGGUUAUCUCUAGUUUCAUUUUCACUCUAACUGUCGAUGUCCACAUUGUGUUGGUACAACCUCUGCACGUAUUAUCCGUAGUUAAGAGUGUUCAGAGACUCAAAUUUCCUUUUUAUAAGGUUUCUGAUUAACUCUGCUGUCAUGUCCAACAAUGAUAUGGACAAAACUGUCAGACAGCAGCUGGACCUACCAGACCUGAAAAACUUGGGAGCUGAAGGAGGUGGAUGUAUCAACCAGGGUGUGGUGUACAUGACAGGACAGGGCACAAAAAUCUACGUCAAAACAAACACAGGUUCUGAGGCAAGACAGAUGUUUGAUGGAGAGCAUGCCAGUCUACAAGCCAUACAUGCUACAGGAAUCGUCAGGGUUCCAAAGUCUAUAAAGGUGAUGGACAAUCCCAUGGGUGGAGCAAUGUUGGCUAUGGAGUACUUAGACAUUAAAGGUCUCUCUCGUCAGGCUGGCAAUUUAGGAGAAUCUCUUGCUCGACUGCAUCUCUCUAACUCGGAGGCUGAGAAGGGAGCUGAGAAGAUGGAGGGAUAUGUAGGAGAGAACUGUCAGUAUGUGUCCGAGUUUGGAUUUCCUGUAACCACUUGCUGUGGCUACCUUCCCCAAGACAACACAUGGGACAAGUCCUGGGUGUCAUUUUAUGCGAAAAAACUAGAUUUCCAGUUGAAGAAGAUAGAGAAAGAGUACAAUGAUAAAGAAGCUAGAGAACUAUGGUCAAAACUUCAGUUAAAAUUGCCAAACUUCUUCGAAGGAUUAACCAUUAAACCAGCUUUGAUGCAUGGCGACUUAUGGGGUGGAAAUGCAGGUGAAUUGGAUAGUUGUCCAGUUGUGUUCGAUCCUGCUAGUUUUUAUGGACAUUCAGAAUAUGACCUUGCCAUUGCUCAAAUGUUCGGUGGAUUCAGCGAGCGUUUCUUCCAGUCCUAUUUCAAAAUACUACCAAAACAGUCAGGUUACUCCGACAGACUAGAACUCUACAAAUUGUUCCACUAUCUAAACCACUGGAAUCACUUAAGGUCUGGCUACAGAGGAUCGAGUAUAUCUAUCAUGAAGAAGCUUGUGAAGUGAUAAAACCAUUAAUCAGUAUUUCUCAAAGUAUUGAACUCUGUGUUCAUCUAAUGCCAUGCAUGAAGAAUAUAAUUAUGCUUACCGGUGUACCUAAUGUAAAUGAUAAUCUGAAAAGAAAUGGAAAAUAAUGACUGUGAUUAAAACGUGUGACAAAAAGAAAUUAAAGUCCAUUGUUUCAAUAAGACCUACUUAAAAGCAACGAAAUCUUACAUUGCAAAAUACAUAUAUUUCAAUCUCAGUAAGAUACACAAAAUGCUGACUCUCUCUGACCUCUGAUAUAUCCCAGUUGAUAUCAAAAAGUUCUUAUGUAGAGUGUAUUUUAAUGAAUGGUUAGGAAUGUGACGUGCAACUUCAACAGAUUAUGUAGGAUACAUUGUUAUGUGGUGCUGUCAAAAGCUUAUGUUGGUUUUUUCGAAAGACAUGUUGUUUUUUUUUUUUUUAUAAAAAACACAUUUUCAUUUCUUUACAUAUCUUGACAUGCCCGAUAAUUGUUAGAACAACGCAGUGAUAAUAACCUUUAGAAACACAGGUAUUUGGCACGAAUAACCAAAUCAAGGUCCGUAUAUAUGUAUUUAUUAUUUAUAUAUUUGUGACAAGUUCCUAUGUUUGAACUAGCUGUUAUAACCCCACCAUUCUGAUUUUCUUCUUGGUUUUAUAUUUAUCUGUUUGUUAAAAGCACUCUAUAUUUAGUUUGCUGUCUUUGGAAUCGUUAUGUCAAUCUACAAUGGUAUAAUGCUGUCACGUUAAGUUGAUAAUAACGGUUAUGUUGAAUUUUUACCGGGUAUGUAUGGUUAGUAUGUGAUAUGUUGGAACUAUUUAACCUAUUAUGUCUAAAGUAUUAUAUAACCGUGUACUGUUGUGAGGUAUGGGGAACUCGCUUUACGCUACAUAUCGCAAGCAAAACCAGACACGUCUUUCCUGUUCCAAGUCUUUAUAUGAAUCCACAAAAUGUAUCUCACAAACGAAAAGAAUUACAACAAAGGGGAAUAACUCAUAUACAUCUGGAGUUAGAUUAUCUCCCUAGACUGUACAAUUAUGUGAUCUCGUAACACCCAUACAACCUACAUACACAACAUCCCCGCCCACAAAAUAAAAUUUGGCAUACACAAUUUUACCAUGGGUGUACGAGAUUAUCAUAAAUGAUGAAAAGGUGAAAAUAAUAUCGAACCAAAUAGAUAUACUGUAUUUGACCCGUUACGAAAAUGUUAGAAAAUUUUUGAAAAUAAAGUACUAUAACCAGAAGAUAAUAUCCAAAAUUUGCAUCAAUGAUAUGUACCUGGUAGUAUAAAAAUCAUUCUCAUACAAUGCAAUUCCUGAUAUCUAACUCUCACACUUGCACUUUCCAUUGAGCUCAAUAUGGAUCACACAUACAACAUCCAGACAACAAUAGCAAAGAUGAAAGAGAUUUUACAUACAGAUGACUUUAGAUAUUCAGCUAAGCAUAUCAAGUUAAACUUCUGUAACAUUCUAUCAAGCUCAAGAUUCAAUAAAAUUAUAAGACAAUAUCGAUACAUGUUUAAGAGAUAUCCAAAUAGUUUGUUACUCAACUAACUGCUUAUAUCAUAGCAGCAUCAUCAUGUUGCGUCAUAAGACCAUGUGAUUAAAAGUUAUAGAGUAAUGAACCGUAAUAAAACUUUCAACUAAUCAAACAAUAUAUAACAUUAACCUGCCAGCCUUGCCGUAGCUUCACAUACGCGCUGAAAAAUAUCUCGGCAUGGCCUUAUGGUUCUUCAAUCAAAACACAAAUAUAUCUAAAUAUUGCUAAAUACAUACCAAAGCACAGAAUUCCAUGGCAAACUACAUGACAUACAACAUGAUACCAUCCUAAAUCUAUCCAAUGACAUAUGCUCAUCCUAGUAUAAAUUGUAAACCAAUAUGACAUGUUAUCACAGUAAUAUCAGCAGAGAUUUCGCUCUUAAUUAAUAGUGUAUUUCUGAUAUAAUUAAUCUGAGAAACCAUUCAUAGUAUUUGGAAACAAUGAUGUUUUGCAAUAUAAAACUGUCUGGAUAUGGCUAGAUCUAGGCAAUAUUGAUUUUUAAACAAAAGUGAAUCAAGGGCUAGAUAAAAGGAACACAACUCUUUUUUUUUUGAUAAUCUAAACCAUAGCUCACGUUAGCCAUUCUCAAUAUAUUUGUAAAUUUACGAGUAAAUAAGUUUAUUAUGAUCUUGCUUUAUUGAGGCACUCAUCACUUGAAACAUCUGUGUAAGCUUUAGAGACUGGAACUGUUCUUCUGAAAACGGUGAUAAACAAGGAACUCAUCGAUCAACUAUCCUUGUGAAAAAGGCAACAGGGAACAAAAACUUCAAAACACAUCUGGUCCAUAUAUAGCCACUGCAUACUGAAUAAGUUGGCAUCCGCUGCACAAAUUAUGACAUGCAUGUUAUUACACAUCUUCACCAGAUGACAUCCGUGUGUUCAAUGAUGAUACAUACAUUGCAUUGUAAUUAUAAUUCAAAAAGGAAUCCUUUUCCUUGGAAAAUAAAACUAGUAUUGUAAGGCACGGGCAAGCACAAGUGUCGUCCUUCUCAUCUCAUAUUAGAGGGAUAUCUUGGCCCAAAACUCCAGUGACGAACUUCGAAUCGCCGACAAAUGUUGGUGACGUGAAUUUAGCACAUCCAAUGUUUUCUAGAUUCACAUGUAGUCGUUCCAUUAAUAUAUCAGUAUCAACAUAUAAGAGUUAUCAGUAAUAAAUGAUGAGUAUAGUUAAGUUUCAAAUAUUUCCCGCCAAAAAGCACAUGGCAGCCAUAUGUCUCUGGUCUGACCGGCGAGUCGUGACCGUCGACGAGUAAAACUCGCCGGCCACACGGGCGAAAAUUCAAUAAAAAGUUACAUAAUGGCACAGUGUCACAUAACUAACCGCUUUGGAUUCUCCACCAUGUACUGUUGUGAGGUAUGGGGAACUCGCUUUACGCUACAUAUCGCAAGCAAAACCAGACACGUCUUUCCUGUUCCAAGUCUUUAUAUGAAUCCACAAAAUGUAUCUCACAAACGAAAAGAAUUACAACAAAGGGGAAUAACUUAUAUACAUCUGGAGUUAGAUUAUCUCCCUAGACUGUACAAUUAUGUGAUCUCGUAACACCCAUACAACCUACAUACACAACAACCGCUAUGUAGAACUAAUAUAAUGUAUAAAAUUAAGUGCCACAUCAUGUGAUAGGUAUGUAGGAUUAAGUACCACUAUUAUCAUGUUUAACGUGCUAUUAUUGAAGUUAUGUAGGAUUAUAUGACUAAAGUGCUAUACAGUAUGUUGAAGUUAAGUAGGAUUAUAUGUCUAAAGUGCUAUGUUGAAGUUUUGUAGGAUUAUAUGUCUAAAGUGCUAUAUGUUGAAGUUAUGUAGGAUUAUAUGACUAAAGUGCUAUAUGUUGAAAUUAUAUAGGAUUAUAUGACUAAAGUGCAAUGUUGAAGUUUUGUAGGAUGAUAUGUCUAAAAUACUAUAUGUUGAAGUUUUGUAGGAUUAUAUGUCUAAAGUGUUAUGUUGCAGUUAUGUUGCAAUUAUAUCUAACCACUGUUUCACAAUUAAAGCCGCAUUUGUUAUUGGUUAUAUUGCCUCCCCUCGUCAAUAACAUGCAUAUUUGGCCAAGGGUUCAUGAGCUACCUUUUUGCACAAGCUUAUUCAUUUUAAAUUUGGUCAAAUGCGUCAAUUAAUAUUUAUUCAAGGCCGAAUAUAACUUGAUGUUGUGAUGCAUUUGAGUGAAUAUGAACCAAAUACGAAAUCGUGGAUGACGCAAAGGACAUGUAAUGCUUUACAUAAAUACAUUGUGCUCUUCUGUUAUUUGGUAUGUUGUGUAGGAGUGUCACCAAAUACAAUGCAAAUCAAAAAGGUUGAUGUUCCUAGUAAAGUACAGAUGGCAUAUGCUAGCUUACUUCCCAAAGAACUAAUGGGAGGUUUAUAUGAUAGACGCUUGUUUGCAUUGUCAAUCCUUUGAAGAAAUCACCAAGAAUUGAACUUGUCACAGCCUGAGUAGCCAGCUGCCAUUUCAGUGUUUUAACUUAGCAUUUAUUAAACAUGUCAUUCUCAUUCUGCAAUUUAAUAUAAUCUUGUUCUACGGAUUUAAGAAUUGAUCAGAUUUUUUUCUUUAAUGUUUUUAUUCGUAAUCUGUGUGUGUCUGUGCAGCAGACCGUUUAUACGUAAAGGAGUAGUGGAAGACCAUGUUGAGAAGAUUUCCUGACGUAGACCCUGAUGCAUGUACAUGAGUGUUUCUCAAUAUGUUUAAUGUUCCUGUACAAUAUACAUCGUUUAGUUCCUAUCGUGUUUUGAAAAUUUAUCCACAGCCAGUUUGCUUCCCUUAAAUGAAUAACAAGCAUGAAUUACCAAUUUGUUUUUUUAAGUACAGUAUAGUUUUGUAAUAACAAUGCUCCUUUGUAUAUACGUUUCAAUAUACAUGUACGAUAUAAUAUCAAUUUUACAAUAAUGCACGCUGUUUGGACUGUUUUCAUGAUGAGUUGUUAUACUUUUUUUUUUUACAUAUAUGUUAUUUUAAUAAAUGCAUUUAAAGGGACAUUGUGUUCAAUCUGGAUUUAAAAGAUACGAAAUCGAUUUUGUGUGCUAUGCCUCAUUUGUUUCUAGUUGUUUACUGAAAUAAUGUGAAGAAAAGCAAGUGUCAUGAAAAACAUUUCAUAAAAGGAUAUUUCAAAUUU